GGCCGCGCGAUGGCUCCGCGAAUUGUGAUUUCUUUCGCGCUAACGAUACUCGCUUUAGGAGUGCAGUGUACGCAUGUGAGCAAAAGGAGUUUAAGCAGUAAUGUGAAAUGUCACGUCACGGGCAGAUUUUUCAGGAACCCAGAUCGGCCUGAGCAAUACAUAUGGACGAUUGCUGAGUGCGCAAAAUACUAUCUGUGCGUAGACAGCGAAGUGUACGAGUUCCGAUGCUCAGAAGGUCUCCUCUUCGACAUUAGGCGUCAGAAGUGCGACCAUGCACUGAAUGUAUACAACUGCGAUCUCUCCACAGAAAUCUUAGUUCCGCGCCCACUUCUGGAGGCAGCACCUUGCGCAAAUGAAACUCAUCUAGGAUGCGCGAACGGCGCCUGCAUACCCGCCGAGUACUUCUGCGACGGCUCCAAUGAUUGUGAUGAUUCAUCUGACGAGGGUUGGUGUGACAGCAGUUACGAUCCCAACUCGGCAACUCCUUGUGACACGGUCCAAUGUGAACUACCCAACUGCUUCUGUACCAAGAAUGGCACCGAAACCCCCGGCAGUCUAGUUCCAAUGCAGACUCCCCAAAUGAUAACGUUGACCUUCCACGGGCCGGUGAACCACGAGAACUGGGACGUUUACACCAAACACUUGUUUACCCCGGAAAAGAAGAAUCCAAACGGGUGUCCCGUGAAAGCAACCUUCUUCGUGUCCCAUUCUUACUCGAACUACAGACACGUGCAGAAGCUAUGGAACGAUGGACACGAAAUUGGGGUUAAUUCGAUAACAAGUCGAGGGCCCGAGGAUUGGUGGUCUAAAAAUGCAACAGUGGAAGACUGGUUCGAUGAGAUGGUGGGCCAAGCUAACGUGGUCAACAGAUUUGCCAAAGUUCGUAUGGAGGACUUCAGGGGCCUGCGCGUACCAUUCCUGGCUGUGGGUUGGAAUCGGCAAUUCCUGAUGAUGCAAGAGUUUGGUUUCGUAUACGACUCCACAGUUGUGGCGCCGCUCAUCAACCCUCCCUAUUGGCCCUAUACUUUAGAUUACAAGAUGCCACACGAAUGCGACGUAAACAACCAACAGUGCCCGACUCGAAGCUACGCAGGGCUCUGGGAAAUGGUCAUUAAUCCGUUAGCGAGCGGUAACACAACUUGCCCAACGCUAGACCGGUGUCCCACGAAACUGCGCCGCGGAGACGUAUACACUGUGCUCAUGAACAACUUCAAGCGACACUAUCUGACGAACAGAGCACCUUUUGGCAUACACUUAAGCUCGACGUGGCUGAAAUCCAAUGAAGACUACCUAACAGACUUUAAGAGGUUUAUGAACGAGAUUCUUAGACUCCCAGAUGUCUACUUUGUAACUAACCGCCAAGCCAUCGAAUGGAUCAAGAGGCCAACUCCUGUGCUUCAACUGAAAAAUUUCCAACCUUGGCAAUGCCAACAUCAAAAUUUCAAAGAAAACGAAUUAGCAUGCACUAAACCAAGAACAUGUAAACUGCAUUCAAAAAUCCUCGCCCAUGAUAGGUACAUGAUAACAUGUACUGAAUGCCCAAAAUCAUAUCCAUGGAUAAGAAAUGAAUUUGGUGUAGAAUGACUUUAAUGAAAUUACUAAAGUAUAAUCAGUAUAUCCACUUAGUUGAUUUAUACAUAAAUAAAGUCAAGGCUAUUUUAUCUUCCUUACAACGACAUACUUGAGCAAUAAGUAAUAUUAGUAUUGAGUGCAUGCCUAGUACUUUUCGUAUUUUUUAUUAAUUUAUUACUAGUUACAGUGGAAAUCCCCACAAAUAAAGUUGUAGUUACCAGUACUUAAAUUAUUUAAAUAUUAGUUAUGUAGAAUAAAGCUCUUAGAGCCUUUUUAAGUAGUAAUAAAAGUUAGAUAUUAUUACAUUUUGUUUCUGUAACUGAAUAAAUUCAGUUAUAAUUAGGUAUAGCAUAAAACUGAUGCUAUUAUUUCUGUAUCAGUAGUAUUGGAAAUAUAAAACUUCAAUUUUAAUCAACUUUGAGUAAUAAUAAUAAGGCUAGAACAGUUUAAGUUUUCAAUCUCAUGACAACUCAGUAUUCUAAACACAUUAUAAGUUGAAGGUAAUGGCGCAAUGUGUGCAAUAUUUAUAAAAUAAGUGACUUUAAUGUUAUUUAUAAUAGCUAUAAUUAAAUAGCAAAACAAUAAAGA